GUCUGUCGGCCGUCAGAACAGGAAGUUGCAUUGUCUGAGCUUCUUGGAGAAAAAUACAAGAGAAAACAGAAGGAAUAGAAGAUAAAGAAAGAAAAAAGAAAGAAAGCAAGAGAAAGAGAGCGAAGGCAUCCUGGAAAAUCAAACAACCACAUCUGCCACAUACUGUAGUGGUGAAAACACAACUUGAGACCUAAUAGCACAGAAAAGAGACGCACCAAGUCUGCCUUAUCUGAAUAAAGGCCAAGGAACAAAGAUGGAGUCUGUUUACAUUAAACAGGAGGAGGUUAUGGAAUUGCUACCUAUCUGCAUUAAACAGGAGAUGCCUGAACUGGAUUCUUUCCACAUUCAAGAAGAGACUGAACUGGAGUCUGUCCACAUUAAAGAAGAGGAGACUGAACUGGAUCCUGUCCACAUUAAAGAGGAGGAGACUGAACUGCAGCCUGACCACGUUCAAGAAGAGACUGAACUGCAGCCUGUCCACAUUCAAGAAUAUAAUGACUUGUUGUUUAAGUUUUCAGGAAACGCAUCCCGGCCAAAGACAUUACAUCAGUGUACUGAAUGUGGUAAGAACUUCGGUCAGCUAGGAACCCUAAAAAGACACCAGCGAGUUCACACUGGAGAAAAGCCCUAUCAGUGUAUUGAAUGUGGAAAGAGCUUUGGUCGGCAAGGAAGCCUAAAAACACAUCAGCAAAUUCAUACUGGAGAGAAGCCACAUCACUGUAAUGAAUGUGGGGAGAGGUUCAGUCAGUUAGAAAACCUAAAAAGACACCAGCGAGUUCACACUGGAGAGAAGCCCUAUCACUGUACUGAAUGCGGAAAGUGCUUCACCGAGUUAGGAAACCUAAAAAGACACCUGCGAGUUCACACUGGAGAGAAGCCGUAUCACUGUUUUGAAUGUGGGGAGAGCUUCAUUGAGUCAGGAAGCCUAAAAAGACACCAGCGAAUUCAUACUGGAGAGAAGCCGUAUCACUGUUCAGAAUGUGGGGAGAGCUUCAGUCAGUCAGAAAACCUAAAAACGCACCAGCGAAUUCACACUGGAGAGAAGCCGUAUCACUGUUCUGAAUGUGGAGAGAGCUUCAGUCAGUUAGGAAGCCUAAAAAGACAUCAGCAAAUUCACACUGGAGAGAAGCCGUAUCACUGUUUUGAAUGUGGGGAGAGCUUCAGUCAGUUAGCACACCUAAAAAGACACCAACGAAUUCACACUGGAGAGAAGCCAUAUCAGUGUACUGAAUGUGGGGAGCGCUUCAUUGAAUCAGGAAACCUAAGAAGACACCAGCGAAUUCAUACUGGAGAGAAGCCAUAUUGCUGUAUUGAAUGUGGGGAGAGCUUUAGUCGGUCAGCAAACCUAAAAAAACACCGACAAAUUCACACUGGAUCCAGCCUCCCUCCCUCCCAGUCCCUCACCUCUCCACCCUGCUUGUUUGAGAUAUCUGAUUCCUUGUGUCACUCUCACCCUGCAGUAAAUGAAGGGGGUCCCCAGGAGUGAGAGCCAGCCUGAAUCCAGAGACACUGAGAAGGGGAGCGAGUCAAACUGAAGGAGACAGACCCAUUCUUUCAGAAUGAACAGGAGAGCCCUGGGAUUCAUCUCCACUCCUGCCCUUGACUUGGAAAUUAACCUAUCAUCAUGCUUUGAUGAUCUACAUAGAACAUAGUUAGUCUUUCUACUUAGAAGGGACACAUUGGAAGUAUAUGCAGACCUGCUAAUCUCUACACAGUUUGCGUAUCCGCUACGCAUUUUGAGUUGGUAAUACGCGGAUACGCUUUUAUCAGAGAGAUGAUACACAAUACGUAAUCCAUAUUUUGCUCAUCGUCUAUGAUGUUGCCUGUAGUUAGAGAAAGUGUUGCAUCUAACGUCAGGGCCAGCCUUAGGGCAAGGCAAGCAAGAUAGAUUAACCAAUCAGCUUUUGAGUUUAGUUACGUUAUAGAAUAUCCAAUCAGCUUCAGAGUUUAGUUGACGAUCCAACCUCAGUUUAAAAAAAAUAUAUAUAUAUUUUAAAAAAGAGAAAAUUAUCGUGUGUUGACUGACAGAAGGGCCUGCCACCCAGUUUCUUUGUAUAAUCACUAACAUUCUACUGUAGCCUAUCAGGCUUUGUUGAGCUGACUCGCUUGUGUUUCAACUGCCAGUUUCGGACACACUGGAGGGAGUGUGAAGUACUGUGACUUGUAAGGAAAAUAUUUAUUUCAAACGGGCUACGAUACCUUUUGUUUUUUAAUUAAUGCAUUAGUUAUGCAUUCAUUUUUGUCUGGGGAAAAAACCCACUUGCUUUUUUUUUUUUUUUUUUAAAUGUGCUCGGUUUAGAUAACAGCAUCACAUGAAAAGAAAUUACAGCUGAAUGAGGAUUUUAAGAGAAUGGCGAGGGAGUAAGUACAAACAUUUAUUAUAAUAAUAUAGUACAAUAUUUAAGUUUUAAUAUUCUGUUUUUGGCUCGUUGUCCCGUUUUUCACAAACGCCUGUUACCAUAUAGGGAUGUCAGUAAAAAUCAAUUUUAUAAAAAUGAGCACAGCAUUAACAUUGUUAAUGUGGUUAAGGUACGUAAGGCUUCUGUUUACUUUGCAAGUAGUGUACAAUUACAUUGUAAAUAAAUGCCGUUUCAUUGUGCUUUAAACAAGUCAUAAACGGCUGGUUUGUGAUUUUAUAUUGAAGUUCAGUAAGAUCAUUAAUGUAGCAUUAUGGAUUUUGUUAACGGUAAAAUAUUUUUUUUAUGUAAGGACUGAGAAUCACCGACCCGCAUAAGUGUAAUCCUGUUUAACUGUAUAGCUAAAUAUUUAUGAAAAAAAACGGCCAUACAAGUAAGCAUGUUAAAGUGGGACUUAAUACGACUGCUACUACUAAUAAUAACUUAAUAUCAGAACUACCAAUAUAUGCUCACUGAUAUUAACUUUUCAUGAAGCACUCACUACAAACGAAUGCGUCCAGUCUUUCUCAUUUUUUUUAAUUCUCUUUUAAUCGCUGAAAUCCAUUACCCGCCUGUCUGGAUCAGCAGGAAUCCUGUAGAAGGAAACUUUAUAUUUCUGUCCAGAACAAAAGAAUCGGGCAUUACUGUAAUGUUACCGCGCUAGGCGUUUUGGUCAUCUUCCACAGUAAUGCUGACUGUGAAAGAGUGUUCAGCUUGGUGACCAAAAACAAAACCCAACACAGAGCCAUCCUGAGCACAGACAUGCUAAGUUCACUGGUAACGCACAAAGUCAUGAUGUCAGUGAAGCAGCAAGUGUGUCACACACAAACCUUUAGUGACACCUUGCUCAGGAAAGCCAAGUCAGCCACCUAUGAAGCUAAAUAUUCAAUAUCUGAAAGUGCAGUUUGACCUGUUGGAUUCCUUUCUGUUCCAAACAACUCACUUAGUGGACAGCUAUUACAUUUGGUGUUGAUUCAGUGACUAUUGAUUCAGUGACUAUUUACUAUUUAAGUUUUUUUUCCUUUUUUGAAAGUGCUUUGUUUCUCUGUUUUUAGAAGCUUAUACAUUUCAAUUUAUGUUUUGACAGUAAAUAAAAUACAAACAUACUACAAAAAUGGCUAUUUUCUGUACUUGAAAUAAUUUUCAGUUGAUUUAAAUUAAAACGGUUUCAUCUAUACCAAGGUAAACAAUUUAAAUUUAAACUGAAACAAUCAUAGCUAAUUUCUUUUUUUUACUGAAAAAAUCAUACUCAAAACUCAGAGUGUAGCAUUUAGCUGUUUUAUACCCUAAAACAAUUCUGGCUGAACAUUGAUAUGUGUGAUACGAACCCAACACAUUAAACAAAGCUGCCAGUAGCAUACAUGAUGGUUUUAAAAUGUAAUUUGAGCUAUAAAAGGCAUUACUGUACCAAUAUCAGUGAGAACAGCAUAAGAUACAGAAGCGAAUUGUUUAAAAGAAACUAAAACUAAGAAUAUCUUCAUGGGUGUGGCAGCAGUGUGUGUUUCAUAGAACUAGAAUGGCCUUGAAGUCAGUGCAAACACAAGCUGAAACAACCUUGUGUUUUUUUUUUUAUUUUGUUUUAUUUCAAGUGUUGCAAACUUUGCACCUGAGCAGAUGCUGUUUUGGUUUUUGAAUGAAUGAAUGUGCUUUGCUGUUCAAAUACUGAUUAAACUCCAAGCUUGUAUAGUGGAGCGCUGCUUCAGUGUAAUGGUAUUUAAAUACAAUUUAUAUCUUUUUUUUUUUUUUAAUGGGUAAAUUGCUGUUUGUCCAAUUUAUUAUGACAGACCCACAAUAGUGAGCUUUAUAAAUAUACUGUAAAACAUGAAAGGUGUGCAAAGCAAACCAUUUUCAAUAAUGUUGCAUUCAUUACAAAUCUGCAAAACGUACAUGCUGCAACAUUACAUUAUUACCACAUCGUGGUUUAUACAGCUUUUGAAUAUAUAAACAAUCUGCUUGCUUGUGUUUUUUAUUAGUAUGCUAACAUUAGCGUGACAACAGUACAUCCUAAGGCAAACUUAGCUAUUUAGAAAGGAUUUCAUUGAAUUUGAGUGCAAGUUCCUGUACAUUUUUCAGUAUCUCUAUAUAUAAGGGCAUGCUAUAAUGUUUCCAUCACUCCUGUAUGUAGAAGUGUUGUCAUUUUUUAACUGUCCAAUGAUUCCUGAGAGAAAUAUCUGCAGUGGAACUGAACAAACCCAAGAGAGACAUUGAACAAUACAAGCUUGCCAGAGAUGCUGCUGCAGGUUUGAUAAUAUUGGCUUCAUGAAAUGAGAAAUCGAGUUCCCUCUGUGUCAUGGAAUUCCUCUGCUGGUGUAUCAUGAUGUAUGCCCUGGAGUGUGGGCUCAAUCUUCUCUCCUGCCUGCUUGUUCUCAGUGUGUGAGUUCAGCUACACUUCCAGUGUCCUGAGCUGGGCUUUGAAUCCACUGGGGACGCAGCUGGACUCGGAUUUUGUUUUAGAUCAAAUACAAGAUGAGAAACCUUAUGCACAACUGUUUUAUUGGUUUUUUUCCUAUGAAUGUAUUAAGACUUAGAAUCUCUUUGUGAUAUAAUUUUUUUGUUACAUGAACAUAAUUUAGAUAUUUUAUUUAACAUCAUGUAACACAAAUUAUAUCACAAAAGUCUACUGGAAGCUAUAAUAGUUGGAGAGUAUUUCAUGUUAGAUAUGGAAAUGUCACAUUUCUCAAUUUUUGUCAGCAUAUGGAAAACUGGUAUGUGUCGAGAAUUAGGAUUGGACUGUGGUAUUAAGUUUUUCUUUAUCAUACAUAUUGGAAGUUUAGGCUGAUAUUCUUGGGAGGGAUUAUUGAAUGAUUGCUUUCCCUUUAGGAUUAUUGAAUAAUUGCCCAUUAGAUCACUUCCUAUAUAAAUCUCUGGUAAACUCACCUGGUAUUACCGUUGCUUCCCCAUGUGUCAACAGGCUUUUGUAUAGUUGAUGUUAUGAGUUAUUUUAAAUGUUCUGAGGGUGUGGGUGUAACAGGAGCAGAGGGGCUGGAGAGCAAGAAGAUGCAGAAGACCAGGGGUUUUGGGCUGAAAUGUCUGUUUGGCACAGUUUUAUUGAACAGUGGUCAUUACUAGAGUUUGGUCAGUAACACCCUGGGCAGCGGUCAUUACCUGAGUUUCACCACGUAAACAUUAACUGUCAGAUAUCAGCCACUCUCCAAUAUCUAUUCGGCCAAACAGAAUAGUGCUAGUACGCCCGGAGUGGGGGCCACCAGAGGUCAAAGCCAAGUCUACUGAGGCACCGGACACUCUUUCUCAAGGCAGGGUGGAAGUUUCCCAAGUAGUGCAUCGAUGUUCAGAUACAGUUACAUUAAAUACUAAUUCAACAACUAACUUUAAGAUGACACCCUAACGCAUAUCCAAACUGAUUAGCAGAGUGUCAAUGGCAUUAUCAGUUCCUCAGCAUUUGCUAAGCACCAAUAACCAUGUUUCCCUCCUCUGAACCAUUUUUGUUGCAUAAACAAGACAAGUUAUUUGCUAAAAUGAUGCUACCAAAGUGCAAAAAUGUACCGAUAACAAUGUUCAAGUUCUACUUGUGAAAGUAGUGCAAUCUCAUACAUGUAGAGAGUCCAUUCUAUACAUGAACCCUUUCAUACCUCCCUUAUGUAGUCCAGUGGUGUACACAGUCACAGUAAUAUUUUAUUACAUAUGUAAUACUAGAUGUUAUUGUAAGAUUCAGCAGGUUUCAUUCGACUGUGAAGCAAAAGCUGUAUUGGAAAAAGAGUACAUAUACAUUGAAUGUUUAAAGAUUUAGAUAUUUUAUAUUAAUUGCAUUCUACAAGGAAGUGUGAAGUGUACACAUUUCACUGUUCAGAAGCCACUAAUAAACUUUGCAUUGAUUUCA